CCUUUUCUCUCAGAUCUGCUACAAGUCAUCCAGGUAGCAGCACGGGUGGGCUACAUCGACCAAAACACCAAAAAGACAUAUUCCCGAGUCUUGGCGCCACAUCGCGUUUCGAUGGCCUCUUUCAACUAUGAUGACUCCGACAGCCCCCGCGAUACUGAGCUCAGCUCUCUUAUAGCGAUUUAUCCCGAGAUUCAGCAUCCCCGACCAGACGACCCUUACGCCAUUGCCAUCGACAUCCCUGUCAACCCCUCCAAGCCAGUUCUCGUCUACUUCCCCGCCGCCGCGGACCCAAAUACGGACCCGAGGGCUCAAGGAAACCCUCAGCAGAACGGAGUCAACCACGUCAAUGGAGCUGCAAAUGGAGGUCCUUCGAAUGGUGCGGAUCGUGUGGGAGGAGCAGGUACGGCUGAAGGUGCCGGCGCCGGGGCUGGGGCUUUUGAUCGUCACGAGGUAGCCCACUUGCCUUCUGUUCGCCUAGAGAUCAUCUUCGGGCCCGACUACCCGGCUGAGAAACCACCGGUUGUCAGCAUCUCUGCGGAUCCUCCAUGGCUUUCCAAGGAGACCAUCAAGAGACUCGAGGAUGAUGGGCCGCGGCUGUGGGAAGAAAUGGGUCGUGAUAUGGUUGGGUUCACGUACAUCGACCACAUCCAGCAGGCAGCUGAGAAUGUCUUUGAGCUUGUUGACGAGAAGGGGACCCUGGAAGUUGACCCACAGCAUAGGAUCGCCAUUAUGGAUUAUGAUAUCCAGGCACGCCGGGCAGCGUUUGAGAAGGAAACGUUCAACUGCAAGGUGUGCUUAGAUCCCAAGAAAGGCACCGUCUGUCACAAGAUGAUUGAUUGUGGACAUGUUUUCUGCGUGGAGUGUCUACAAGACUACUACAACAACGCCAUCAAAGAAGGUGAUCUCGCCUCUGUCCGCUGUCUAGCCCCCAACUGCGCCAAGGAGCGCGAACAAGCAGCCGCCUCGUCUUCAGAGAACAAGAAGCGGAAGAAGCCCAAGACGCACCUCAGCCCGAGCGAACUUUUACAGAUCCCUCUUGACCAGGAGACCGUGAAGCGCUACGUCACGCUCAAGUACAAAACCGAGCUCGAGUCUGACAAGAACACCAUCUACUGCCCGCGACAAUGGUGCAACGGAGCCGCACGAUCCAAGAAGCACAAGAAGCCGCAAGGGCUAGAGUUGAACGAGGACGACGAGGAGGACGACGAAGAGGAGGAAACCAGCGGUGCUUCCAAGCCCUACAACGCGACCGACCUCCUCGCCAUCUGCGAAGAUUGCAACUUCGCCUUCUGCUCCCGCUGCCAUCAGUCCUGGCACGGCGAGUUCGUCCGGUGCCAGGCACCCCGAAAGAACGAUGAGCUCACAGCCGAGGAGAUUGCUUCACUUGAAUACAUGAAGCUGCACACCACGCCUUGCCCGACCUGCGCGGCGCCUGCUCAAAAGACGCACGGCUGCAACCACAUGAUCUGCUACCGGUGCCAGACCCACUUCUGUUACCUCUGCUCGGCGUGGUUGGAUCCUGGCAAUCCCUAUCAGCACUUCAACGAGAUGCCCGGCGGUAGGAUCACCGGGUGUUACCAGCGUUUGUGGGAGCUGGAGCAGGGUGAUGGCGAUGAUGUCGGCUUAGGGUUCGAAGGCGGCGCCGGUGCUAUUCCCCCAGGUGCUGGGCGUGCUGGUCCGGGAGCGGCAGCAGCAGCAGUAGCAGCCGGCGCACCCGCAGCGCCUCCCGGGGUUGAGGGCCUACCGGAGCGACGGCUAAUGGAGCUGCUGAUGGCGGACCUGGAGAUUGAGAGCGACGAUGAGGAGGACGAGUUUAGACCGCCCCCCUUUGGUGAUAGAGAGCUUAAUAGGCAACUUGCCGAGGAUAUCGAAGCGGAAGCGCAGGACGGUGCAGGAAGAGGUGGUGGUGAAGUCGCGAUUGCGCGCGAAGGACCGCUCGUCCUAAGGAUAGACGGAGGCAGAGCAGGAGGUGGAGGUAAUCAGCCGGCAGCAGGCCGCGGUGGUCGUGGAGGUGCUGCUGCUGGUGCUGCCGCCCCCAAUGGUCCCGCCGCAGGUGGUGGCCGUGGAGCUGGUGGUGGACGUGGAGGAGGAGGAGGAGGAGGAGGUCGGGGAGACAAUGCCCGAGGAGGACAAGGGGCAGGGGGAGCAAAUAUUCGGGGACAACAUCAGAAUCGAGGAGGUGCCCCGAACAACCGGCAUAAUAACCGUAACAACCACCCGAACCACAAUGGCGUCGGUGCCGGUGCGGCCAGAGGAAGAGGUGGUGGUGUGGUCAGGGGUAAUGUGGGAGGCAGGGCGAGGCCCAAUCCUAACGGUCCUAGAAUGGACUUUGAUAAUCCCGAUAACAUACAGGUCAACGUGCCUGACGGGAUACGACUCGAUCCGCAGCAGGAGGCGUGGAUUAGGCAGUUUGUGCACCUGGCGCUGGAAGAUCAGGAGGACCUGCUUUUCGACGAUGACGACUGGUAGUCAGUC